AUGAUUUCCAUACAACUUCUAUUCGUACUAUUAAUGUAUCUACUAGGGAAUGUCUUAUCAAUUGUUUCUCUGUACAUUCUCUUCACUCAUUCUGGAUUACAUAGGAAUUUUAGAAUGGUUGUGUUUUUGUUGAUUAUGUUUGGUUUGCUUCGUUCUUUCUGCGUUUAUUCUCUCGCCGCUACUAAUUAUUUUAUUGAGACAGAAAAUGGCGAGGAUGUCAAAAAUAUUGUAAUAAAUGCAUUCGUCUUUGCAAUUUGUGGAUUUGCUAUUUCAAGCUUAUUUUUGAGUAUUGAACGUUGUAUAGCUGUUUAUACGCCGAAGGACUACGAGCGAUAUUCAAGCAGAUCAUCUUUACCAUGCAUCACUUUCUUAAUUACAACGGUGCUAACUACUGUAUUGGGAUAUUGGGCCAAUAAGAACAAUGAGAACCAAAUACCGCUCAUUACUGUAACCACAGCGGCAGGAUUUAUUAGUUUGAUAAUAGCAAUCACUGUCUGGGUGCGGUCGAAACAUUUAUGGAAGAAUAGAAAUGCUUCCCUUGGACAGCGAUUCCAAAUAGCGGAAACAAAUCGUACUUCACCUAUCUAUUUAUCGAUCUCCGUGAAUGAAUCCAUUUGCAUUAGUGCUAUGUCCGUAAUGGGCUUAUUGAUAAUUCAAAAAGAAAACAGCGAGACAAUGGGAACAAGUUAUUUUAUAGUACAUCUACUGGAUGCGUGUGGAGCUUGGAGGAUAAUCUUUAUCAACUUCACACUCAUCUACUAUAGCUUUCUUGCAAGAAAGUCUCAACAAGUUGUUAUGGCGCAUAUGUCGAAGACCGCUCAAGAAUCCACACGAGAUCAUUUUAGCGGCCUCAAAGAAAUGUGGAAUUGA